AUGGCUGAGGCCGAGGAGCCCAAGGAGGUCGUGGAGGUUGCUCCGGGUCCCCAGGGACAACCUGAAGGUGCGAGGAUUGAGGGACUAGGAGAACCUGGGACUGCAGACCUGGAGGGGCGGGAGGCGAGCAAGGGAGCUGCAGAGGCGCCCAGGGACCAGGGGGCGGGCGCAGAGGCGACUGCCUCGGGGAAGGAAGAAGGAGGCUGUGGGCAGGACGGAGGGAUCGGGGAAGCGCAGGCGCAGGACCCGCCGACUGGCCCGGGAACCGAGACUCCCAGCAGAGCACAGGGUGAAGCGGAGGCUGCAGAGCGCGACCCGGAGGGCGCCGGGGUCCUGCAGGGAGCAGAGGAGGAGGAGGAGCCGGGCGCCCAGCAGGUGCUAGAGCCGAGCCCCGGGCUAGGCGCGCAGGGUGAGGUCCCUGAGGUCCCUGGGGACGAUCGCCAGGAGCCAGAGGACCCCACAACCUCAGAGGCGCGGAAAGAGUUAGAGUCUAGUCUGGAAGCGCAGGGAGGCAGUGCACCAGGGUCGCAGAUCAAUACAGAAGCCCAGGGACCUGCAGCGGACAGCAUGGACACAGAAGCACCCGCAGGAGAGACAUACGGGUCAGAGGGUGAGUCCCAGGGUGGAGGGGAAAGCAGCCCUCAGCCCCAGGCUGAGGCGACUGAGGUCGCAGCCGCAGAGAUCGGAGGACACGACCCCGGGGAGCUGGCGGGAACUCCAGCCGCAGACGCCGCCGGGGAAGCGGGAGCCCUGGGGAAAGACGGGUCGGUAGAAGCAGCUACAGAGGAGGCGAGGGUAGACGACGGCGAGAAUGGGAAGCAGGGCGGGUGCCAGGAAGAGACCGGGGAGGAGGAAGAGAGGCCAGAACCGGGGUUGGAGGGACGCUGUGAGGAGGGCAUCAAGGAGAAGCCCUCCGACGGCAGCCCCGAUGAAGAGGAGGCCAAAUCCGCCGGGCACGCGGAGUCCCAGGCGGAGCUCAGCAACCACCUCGCUGAGGAGCCCAGCGCCCAGGGCGGAGAAGACUUAGAGCGAGUGAACGGCCGCAGGGAGAACGGCCCGGCAUCCGAGGUGGAGGACCCAGGACAGGAGCACGACAUCACCCUCUUUGUCAAGGCUGGUUACGACGGCGAGAGCAUCGGGAACUGCCCAUUUUCUCAGCGCCUCUUUAUGAUCCUCUGGCUAAAGGGUGUUAUAUUCAAUGUAACAACAGUGGACCUGAAGAGGAAGCCUGCAGACCUUCAGAACCUGGCUCCUGGGACGAACCCUCCUUUCAUGACUUUUGAUGGCGAAGUCAAGACGGAUGUGAAUAAGAUUGAGGAGUUCUUAGAGGAGAAGUUAGUUCCCCCAAGGUACCCCAAGCUGGGAACGCAACACCCUGAAUCCAACUCAGCAGGAAAUGAUGUUUUUGCCAAGUUCUCAGCGUUUAUUAAAAACACCAAGAAGGAUGCAAAUGAGAUUUAUGAGAAGAACCUGCUACGGGCCCUGAAGAAGCUGGACAGUUAUUUAAACAGCCCUCUGCCAGAUGAAAUAGAUGCCUACAGCACGGAGGAUGUCACUGUCUCCCGAAGGAAGUUUCUGGAUGGGGAUGAGCUCACGCUGGCCGACUGUAACCUCUUACCCAAGCUCCACAUCAUUAAGAUUGUGGCCAAGAAAUACAGAGAUUUUGAGUUUCCUUCUGAAAUGACUGGCAUUUGGAGGUACUUAAACAAUGCUUAUGCCCGGGAUGAGUUCACUAACACAUGUCCAGCUGACCAGGAGAUUGAACACGCGUAUUCAGAUGCAGCAAAAAGGAUGAAGUGAUGCUGGGUUGCUUCCUGUCUUUUUCUCAGGCGAGUGAGCAAAGCUUCCAGGAGAGCCUUCUACGCAUCUUCCUAGAAACAGCUUUUGCAAAGUAACUCCGACUCUCUCAAUGCCACC